GUUCUGACUCAACACUUUCUGGACACCCUCACUCACCAGAUUCCAUCAAUAGUCAUGUCAGCAUCACCAGCUCUCGCACAGCUCUUGGAGAAGGUUAUCCCUCAAGGGAAACGCUCCUCUUUGCGAAGCGAUGUAAUCCCAGCAAUCCUCGACGCCAUUUCCGGUAUCGCCAAGACGUUGCAUGCAUCCCAGCACGUUUCGCUCGCCGGGACAGCAAAUGCCUUUGGCGACGAUCAGCUUAACGUCGACGUUCUGUCCGAGAAUGUGAUGCGCGAAGCUAUUGCCAAGUGCCCGUCGAUCCAGACCGCAAGCAGCGAGGAGGACCCCAUCGAGAAGCCGGCGAGGCCGCAAGGGAGCGACGCAAACGCGACCCCUGCAACCUCUGAGGAAUACACCGUCGCCUUUGACCCCCUCGACGGCAGCUCCAUCAUCGCGCCGAACUGGACGGUCGGAACGAUUGUCGGCAUCUGGGAUGGGCGGACCGCAGUGGGCCACUCACCGAUUGAGAAGCAGAUUGCGGCCAUCAUCGGUGUCAUCGGACCCCGGGCCACCGCAAUCGUGGCGGUGCGGAUCCCCGGCGCCGACUCCGCUUGCUUUGAGAUUGGGUACGGCCCGAACGGUGUCACGGACUGCGAGAUCAUCCGGCCAGUCGUCAAGUUGGCCGACGGACCCUUCAAGACGCGGUACUUUGCGCCCGCGAACCUACGGCACGCGGCGGAUGAUGAGAGGUACAGCGCUCUCAUCACGCGCUUUAUCAAGGAGAAGUACACGCUGCGGUACUGCGGCGGGCUUGUUCCUGACAUCGUGCAUGCUCUUGUCAAGGGUCAUGGCGUCUAUGUUAUGCCUGUUACGCCGGGUGUGCUUCCAAAGCUCAGGUUUCUUUACGAGCUGUACCCAAUUGCUCUGAUUCUGGAGUGUGCUGGUGGUCAAGCCAUUGACCCCACGGACGGCAAGCCGCUUCUUGAAAAGAUUCAACAGGAUUGUGAUGGUAGAGCAGGUCUCAUCUGUGGCACGACGGAGGAGGUCAAGAUUGUAAAGCAGAUUCUUCUCGGAUGAGACGUAAUCGCAAUCGUCUUUUAGACCCUGCGGGAUGAAAGACCAACUUCACAUGCAAUUGCUCCUAAGAGGUAUUGUUGUAUGUGUUCAACCUA